AUGACUGUUUGGAGCCCCUGCUCCAUACUCGCUACUUAUGGUGCACUAGCCUUCGGGCUAGUGCUCGUCGUUCGCACAUGGGUUCGCCCCCAGCGAGUCCCUCCUGGGAUUCAGUGGGCAGGCAAACGACCCAAUGAGUUCCUGGCGGAGAUUAGAGCCUGUCUGCGUGAAUAUACCACAGGUAUUACCACGAUGAUGUCAGCCUAUAAGAAAUUCAACGUCGCCGGGAUACCGUUCCUCCUGCCCACGACGGGGUUCGAACCUCAAGUGAUGCUGCCGCAGGAAUGGAUCAAAUGGGUUGUCGACCAGCCCGAGGACAUCUUAUCCUCGCGGCAGGUUCAGGGCGAAAGGCUAGGCCUCAAUUACAUUCUGCCCGCAUUGGAUAUUACUUCCGACGUCGCGAUCAUUGAAGCAACUCGUAUUCACCUGACCCGGAACGUUGGGAAAGUGCAGGCUAAUCUGGUCGAUGAACUACGUCAAUCUGUGGAUAAAGUGUUUGGGAUGAACACUGAAGAGUGGUCAGAGGUUAAUGUCCACAGCGCGAUGAAGGAACUUACGUUCAAGUCGACCGGACGCGUUCUGUUUGGUCAUUCUUUGACUCAUAACGAAAAGUUCAUGCAUGGCCUCUCGGGCUUUUCGACUUGGUUCGGUAUAGGGAUUAUUCUGGUCGGACAAUUAAUUCCGUGGCAGUUUCGACGAUUCGUCGGCUCUCUAUGUGCUUUACCAAUGGCGUACUAUCGGGCCAUAUGCACGAGGCAUGUCGGGCCGGUGUUUUCCGAGCGGUUUGAGAACAUGCAGCGUAAGAUCCACGACCCAACCUUCGAUUAUUCCCCGCCGGAAGAUUUGAUCACCUGGGUGUUCCGCGCCGCGUUUAACAUGAAAGACCAAACGAUCACGAAUGGCAAGCCGUUAGCAAGCAGAUUCAUUCUCCUAAUGUCGGGAGCACUUUCAUCAUCUGUGGCGAUAACUACGCACGCGCUUGUUGACCUUCUGGGGUCUGACCCGCAACACAACUAUGUCGAGUUAUUGCGGGAAGAGUCCGAGUCGACGUUUCUAACGGAAGAUGACUGGAACCGCUCGACUUCGCUUUUGAAAUUGCAUCGCUUGGAUAGUGUAUUCCGAGAAAGUCUCCGACGCAAUCCUCCCACUCUACGGGGCUUAUCGCGACAGGUGAUGCCUAAAGAAGGCGUGAUACUCCCAAAUGGCCAGAAGAUUCCGCAAGGAGCGUGGAUUGGAGUUCCGGUCUUAGCCAUCCAGGCAGAUGAGCGAUUUUACGAUCAGCCUGAUGUGUUUAGUCCGUUACGCUUUGUGCCCACCGAAGUGGCCAAACGAACUCUUAUGGUGACUACUAGCGAUACAUUCCUGCCUUUUGGUCAUGCCAGGGGCUCUUGUCCCGGUCGUUGGUUUGCGUCCCAUUUCAUGAAAUUGCUCUUUGCCUAUAUCAUGAUCAACUAUGAGCUGGAACCACUGGAGGGAGGAAGACCUCUCAACAAGGUUGUUGGUGACCAUCUAAUACCUCCAAUUCAGGUUUCCAUCCGUGUUCGGCGAAGAGCCUUACCUACGGAGCCUAAGGGUUCAAGUCUCUAA